AUGAGCGCCACAACCAAAACAGCAGAGGAUGAGCAACCAACAACUUCAGCAAAAUCAGAUACAGUACCCGGCAGCAGCGUCGGUGGUGACGGUGAUAUGAAGAUGGACGCUGAAGCAGAAGCCGAUUUGCUGGCUGUGGAGGCCAUUCCCGAGCCGGCCCUGGAAUCAGUGAAGCGCGAACUCAUUCACGAGAUCGCGGAGUUGGAAUGGGAGUUUAAACAGAUCAAGGAAGCCCUUUUUGCGGAGCGCAUCGCCCAGGUAGACCGCAAAUUGCAGCAACUACGUGCCUCCGAAGCGCCCGAACUCCUCAAGGUUUUCGAAUUGGUGGAUGAGACUUAUAGCAUUCGAAAAAAGCUGUGCCUUCAACUUGUUAAGCUUCACACGCACAUUCGUGUGUCAAAUUACGGUUGUCUUGUAGACGUACUCAAGGUGGCGAAACACCGACGUGACUUUGAGCUGGAGGUGGCAAACAAGGAGUUUGACAAUGCCCUUCAGAUGACCACCUACGACGCGGAGGAGAAUUUGCGCACCACCGAGGAGCGCGUCCGUCUGCGCAUUCAGGAGGGAAUUUGUGGCAUCCAGGUGGAACGAGCCAUGGCCAAACGCACGCGUCAAACGCUUAAGGCUCAUGGUGUUUCUGGCGGGGGCCCCCCGCGAGAUGAGCCACUACGUCAACAGAAUGCGGGCUUGGGGCACUCUCACCACCACUACCACGAUCAUUGCUCGACAUCGCCGUCGACCACCUUGAAACCAUCGGCAGAGGUAGCAGCAUUGCUGGUGCCUGGACUAGACGAUGACGAGGAAAGGGAGACAAGGAGGGGGGAAGCAGAGGGGAUGGAGGAGGAGGAUGAGGCAGAGGGUAAGGGAGACGACUUGACGGCGUCGGUGGUGUUGAAUCCCAACUAUCUGCCGGGUGUAGACCUUGAGCCACGACGCAAACCCGUCGCCCUCUCACCCUCCUUCCCCCGUCUCGUCUACGAACUGGACGAGGAGGACAUUCGUGCCGACAUUGAGGCCAUCACCAAUGCUAUCAAGGUGGAGUCGACCGUCCUUUCGAUGUAA